AGAAAAUUCAAAGGAUUUUUUUAAAAAUAAAAUCUUGUGUGAAAAUGAAUAGUAUUACUUUUAAAAGUGAAGAAGAGUUAUAAGAAUGUUCAGAUAAAAUUGAGAACGAAAGCUCGAUUUUUUAUGAGGAACCACAUUAUUCAGCUGAUAAUGAAUAAGUAUAAUAUUUGAGUAUAAUGUAAUAGUAAUGUGAAGAAUUUUAAGAUGAAAUAGAAGUUAAUAAAGUUUACACUCCUUAACAAUUAUCAUCUUUAAAGAAAGUAUGUGUAGUAUUUUAAGAUGAAUUUAUGUUGGAUGAAGAUCCUAAAAAGAAGGUAUUCCUUGAAGAAUGUACUACAAAUGAGUAAUCUGAGGAUCAUCCAGCAUUAGGAGAUUUAGAAAUGUUAGCAGCUAUGCUUUUAAAAGAAAAUUAGAAAAAGUUCUCAUAUCCUAAGAAUUUGCCAGUUCCAACAAAUGUCGAAUAACAUUUAGAGGAAUUAAAAAUGAGAUUCAAUCCUUCUUAAAAAUAAGAAGAUUUCAUUUCUACAUAUAUUAAGACUGAUGAUUUACUUAGAAUCAAAAUAGGAUUAUGUGAAGAAAUACUGAAUGAUGAAGAAACUUUAAAAUUUGAAGAUUGGGUUGAAUAACUAUGUACAUCAACUAAUCAUGAAUCAUUAAAAGAGAUGGCAAGAAAAUAGAAAGUAAAACGAUAUCUUGAAAAAAAACAUAGUCGAACUUACGAAAAGAAAGUUCAUUAUCAUAUUAGACAGAAGGUUGCUGAAGAAAGACUUAGAGUUAAAGGAAGAUUUGUAACCUGGACUUAAGUAACUAAUUCAUUGAUAUUUAUUAGGCUUUGAAAAUGUUAGAUCAAUAAUAAGAUUCCAGAAAGUCUUGGACAUAUAAUGAUUAUUUUAAAAUCAAAAAUUUACUUAAUUAAAAGUUUGGGGCCAUUAAAAGCGAAAGGUCUUUGAAAAUUUGAUUUUAAAUAUAAUCACUUAUGUAUUUAUAAUAAUAA